AUGGAUCUCGACGACGAAAUGGGCGGUGGCUUUGGCAACCCAGGACCCGCCGCAUCCUCACGCUCAAAUAGUCGACCCCCACCUCGCGCCCGUCGCCAGGCCCCGCAAGAACUCGUCAAGCAAUUCUGGGAACAAUUCAACACCAAGUAUCCCGGGAAAGUAUACACGGUGCUACCCGACAAUCCCUAUGCGCGUACGAGGGCGAAGCGUGUGCCUAACGGGGUAAUCCGCGGCCAUGCGGCUGUGAAAUCGUACGAACAGGCACAAACGGAGUGUCAGACCUCUGUUGAGCGGAUUGUGAAGGAGUGUCGGAGGCUCAAUCAGAAGUAUACGGAUCCGCAUUUCGAUAUUGAGCUGGAUCUCAAGUCGAACCGGAGACACUAUUUGGAUGAGUUGGAUAAGAUGAACGAUAUUAUGAAGCCGCGUGGGGUGAAGAGAGUGACGGAAAUCUUUGAGAAUCCCCAGUUUUAUGUGAAUGGACCCACGGCGUCGGAUGUGCGUCAGGGAUAUGAUGGUGACUGCUGGUUGAUGGCAGCGCUGUGUACAAUGGGUAACAAAGCCGGCUUAAUUGAAAAGAUCUGUGUCGCUCGGGAUGAAACUGUUGGUAUUUAUGGAUUCGUCUUUUACCGCGACGGCGAAUGGCAGCAAUGUAUCGUCGACGACAAGCUGUAUCUACGUGCAGCGGACUACGACGAGUCCAACGAAGAGCGGAUGACGUGGGAUCUGAUCAACCGCAACGACACCGAAGAAGAGUACCGCCGUGUCUGGCAGACUGGCUCGCGGGCACUUUACUUUGCGCAAUGCGUGGAUCCUAACGAAACCUGGCUGCCUCUACUGGAAAAGGCCUUCGCCAAAGCCCAUGGUGAUUAUUCCGCCAUUGAAGGCGGCUUCGUCGGCGAGGCCAUCGAAGAUUUGACUGGAGGUGUCACCUCCGAGAUUCUCUCCAGUAAUAUUCUCGACAAAAACCAGUUUUGGAAUGAAGAAUUGAUGAGGGUCAAUAAGGAGUUCCUGUUCGGCUGUGGCACUGGACUGUUCUCAAACUGGUUGGAUUCGCGGUCCCCGCCCCGCGAUCGGAAAGGUAUCUCAGAGAACCAUUCGUAUUCAAUCAUGGAUGCGAAAGAAGUCAAGGGCAAGCGUUUGCUACGACUGAGAAACCCCUGGGGGAAGAGGGAGUGGCAUGGUGCCUGGGGUGAUGGGUCGAAAGAGUGGACGGCGGAGUGGAUGGACCUGCUGGGACACAAGUUCGGCGACGAUGGAUUCUUCUGGAUCUCGUAUGAAGAUCUGCUGAAGAAGUAUCAACAUUUUGACCGAACUCGUUUGUUUGGAGAUGAGUGGACUAUCACUCAACAAUGGACUACUCUCAAUGUCCCCUGGUCGGCCGACUAUCACAGCACCAAGUUUGUCAUGAAUGUGACCGAAACUGGGCCUACGGUCAUUGUUCUGUCACAGUUGGAUACCCGCUACUUCAAGGGACUCGCCGGUGAAUACAGCUUCGUCCUCAAGUUCCGCCUCCAGAAAGAAGGCGACGAAGACUACAUGGUUCGCAGCCACAGCAGCCACUUCAUGGCCCGCUCUGUCAACGCCGAAAUCAAUCUCGAGCCUGGUCGCUACCAAGUCCUCAUGAAAAUCACCGCAUACCGACACGACGACACAGAGUCCACCGAAGAAACUGUCCGCCGUCUAGCCUCCACCCACCGCGAAAAGCUCGUUCAAGUCGGCCUAUCCUACGACCUCGCCCACGCGAAGGGCCUCGUCGCCGAAACGGAUCAAGAACGAUACGAAUCAGAGCGCCGAAAGGCUGCGGCUUGGAAGAAACUCCGCGACGAGACCAAGCGGAAGCUACAGAAGGAGUGGAUUCGGGAGCGCAAGAUGGCCGCGCGCCAGCAGCGCCAGGCAGCGCGGCGACCGCGCAGAAUGACCAAUGGUGCAUCACCAGACCGGGGACCCAUUCCUGGGCAGAUCCUGUCUGACAACAAGGCCACUCAGUCUCCGACUGAAGUUGGAAGUAUCUCCAGUGACGCGAGUGACCGUAGACCCGUCGCCAACGGGACCAACGGCUCCGUGCCGACAAUCCAAUUCAACGGACUCCACGAACGGCACGCAAGUGGUUCGACUCCCCGAAGGUCUUGUUCUCCCCGCCCUAGUCUGAAUACACGUCUUGCGAACGACAACCUUGAUAUCACGGACUUGGAACUGCUAGAUGGCUUCGAGUUUGACAGUGAUCUGGACAUGCCAAUUGAAGAACCCAAGAACCGGCCUCCAUUUAAAGAUUUGGAGGGUCCUGCUGAGGAUCCGUGGAAUGCGGUCUGCGUUGUUGGACUGCGUGUCUACUCUAAGGAUCCGAAGUUGAGCCUGCAGGUGAUGCAUCCGGUGCCCGAGGACGAUACUGAGGCGCCCCUGGAUAGAGAUGAUCCCGCGGCGUCAGCAACGCUGGAGAAGAGUUUUUGGAAUAGUCAUGUCUAA